AUGAGCAGCAACACUACCAAACAAGCAGAGAUGACUCAAGAGGAUGAACAGAAACUAGAACAGGACCAACCGCAGUUCAAUAACGUGCCCCUGGAACAGCUUACAAACACAAAUGUCAUGACCAUCAGAUUGAAAUGGAAACAAGAUGAUGAGGAACAAGUGGCCCAGAGACGGAGUGUUGAAAAGAAUAUCCGUAAACAUAUAUUGGAAAAUUUUGGUCAUGAAGUGGAAUUAAGAUCUAUUGAACCUUUCCAGUAUCUUAAAGAUGAGGCGAGAUUACAAAUAUUGGAAGAAAAGAAAGAUAUUUAUAAAUUUGAAAAUGGUAAUGAGGAAUUUUCUCAAAAUUAUAAUAAUGACGAGGAUAAGGAUGGAGAUUGGAAAUACGAUCUUGUACAACAGUUCCAAUUCCAUAAUGAGGCCAAAUUGGAAAAAUGUCGAGAUUCCAUCGAUACAUUUUUACACUCGAAAGAGGACCCCAGUUUUCCUAAUUGUAUAGAAAAAUGGUCAAUAAGUAUUAACAAACAUGCAUUGACUCAUCCGGGGAAUAUUUUCAUCGGCGGUAUUAACCAUAAGAUUGAUGAAAGUAAGAUAAGAGCACUGUUUGAAAAAUUCGGGUCCAUCUUAUCCAUUAAAUUAUUUCAUGAUAGGUUAAUGAAUUCAAACACAAACAAUAGUACGAGUAGUAAUCCGAUAGGAUACGGUUUUAUUUCCUUUGUAUUGGGAUCUCAAGCUUCAGAGUGUAUAAAUGAAUUCAAUGGUAAGAUAAUAGAGGGAACCAAAUUAUUUUUGAAUUAUCAUGUGGAAAGAAAGGAACGUGAACGAAUUCAGUGGUCUCACAUUAAGGAAAAUAAUGAUGAUGAAAAAUUCAAAUGUAUAUUCAUUGGGAACUUACCCACUACGCUAACGGAUCUAACUAUAGAUUUAAUCCUGGAUAAGAUUAAGACUGAAUUAUCAGAAGUAUUACCAUCUUUACAAAUAUUAUCAUAUUACUUCCCUCAAUCGAAAAAUGUGAAUAACAAUAUUAACAACAAAUCAAGCCCUUUAAAAGGUUACGGGUUUGUCAAUUUGGGAUCACAUGAACAAGCUUUGAAAGUAAUUCAAACAUUAGAUGGUCUUGAAUGGAAGGGUAAUAGACUUGUAGUAAACAAAGCUGUUCAAAAUGCCAUUCAUGGCACAAAUAAUAGCAAUAGUAAUGACAUUAAUACAAGAUCAUCCAUUUCAUCAUCUUCCAGAAGUUCCAGUUUCAUUGAUUUUAACACGACUCAUUUCAUUCCAACUAAUGCCAUGGCACCCCCCACAGUACCACCAAUAAUAUCGCCAUCCAUGUACGCACAAAACCAAUAUUACAAUUACAUGCCACAGCAACCAUAUCAAAUGCAAGCAAGAAACAAUUCAUUUGAUGAUGAAUCUAUGACGGAACAACCUACGCCUGUUGUCCCACCUCCAAUGGUGGGGAUGAUCUCACCACCAGUGGCAACUGCUAACCUAAAUCCAAUGUUUUUCUUGAAUAAUUAUAAUAUGAUGGCACCAACGUAUCCAUUACCCAUUCCAUCAAAUAAUCAACAAGAGUCUAACCUUUAUGUAAAGCAUAUCCCAUUAUCAUGGCGUGAUGAUGAAUUAAAUGAUUUUUUCAGUCAAUUCGGUGAUAUAAUAAGUUCUAAGGUUAUCACUGUAGGUGGGAGUAAAAAAUUGGACAAUCAAAAUGAAAAUGAUAAAGAAAAUCAAGAAGAACAAGAGCAAGAACAUAAUGAUAAAAAUGAUCAAGAGGUAGAAGAAGGUGGCGAGGAAGAAGAGGAGGAGGAAGAUGAAGAUGAAAAUUUACCCGUUGGCUUUUCCAGAGGGUAUGGGUUUGUAUGUUUUGAAAAUCCAUUAGAUGCAUCAAGAGCCAUAAUGGCUACAGAUGGGGUCAUAAUUUCACCAAAUAACAUAUUGAACGUUUCAUUUGCACAAAAGAGAUACAAGAAAUUGGCUAAAGAUAAGAAUACUUCAGAGUACAAUGGAAAUUCUUUACAAUUCAAUAAGAAAUUUAUGGAGGCUUUGAUGUUACAACAAUCACAACAGCAACCACCACCACCACCACCUAGUUGGAAUUAUCCAAUUUUCACACCAAAUAAUGAAACUAAUUAUGUUCCCCCUCAACCAAUCAACGAAUGA